CCUGGACGAGCUGGCUUUCCGGGAGACAAAGGAUCAAUCGGCAUUCCUGGAAGAAUGGGCUUAAAGGGAAACUCUGGGGAGAAGGGAGCACCAGGGGAGCCAGGUCUGUCUAUCAUUGGCCCGCGAGGACCUCCUGGGCAGCCUGGUACUAGAGGAUUUCCAGGCUUUCCGGGUCCAAUCGGCUUGGACGGGAAACCCGGACAGAACGGUCCAAAAGGUGAUAUGGGUCCUCGUGGUUCAAAAGGAAUUCCAGGUGAACCUGGUCCUAAAGGGGAGAAGGGUGUAUGUGGUGACUACACUCACAGGAAACGGCGUAUUGUCAACACCUGUGUUGGAGGACAGGCCACACAGAUGUUGCCCAUCACCGUUCGCAACAUGCCCGCAAUAAGCCCUCUAAUCCUAAAGCGCCUCAAGCAGGGUGAGUCCGGAGCACAGGGACCACCGGGGCCUCCCGGCCCCCCAGGGCCUCCAGGGAAUCCUGGCAUUACUGGUGCUAGUGGGCCCCCAGGCAAACCCGGAGAACCUGGUAAACCUGGUAAAGACCCAAGGAUGAUACCAGGGCUGAAGGGUGAACCUGGUGUUCCUGGACAAAAGGGUGAUCAUGGUGAGACAGGCCCAAGUGGACCUGAAGGCCUUCAGGGAAUUAAAGGAGAUCAAGGGCUGAAGGGGGAUCAAGGGAUGGAUGGGCUACCAGGAGACAAGGGGGAAAAGGGUGAGCUAGGGAUGCCUGGAAUGCCUGGGAAACAAGGAGUGAAGGGUGAGCCUGGUUUUCCAGGCGCCCCUGGACGAAAGGGUCAGGCAGGUAUUUCUGGUAUACCUGGAAAGCGGGGCUACAAGGGAGAGAAAGGUGAGCCCAGUGCUGCAGGAAAUGGUGUUAAAGGAGAACCAGGUGCCCCAGGAUUACCAGGACAAUCUGGACCCAAGGGUGAUCAGGGUGAUCAAGGCAUAAAGGGUGUAGCAGGUCAGGAAGGCCCAUCUGGACCAAGGGGUCCACCAGGUCCAACAGGGGAACCAGGAAAAGCUUUAAUCAACAAUAAUGAGAAUGAUAUUCGGAAUGUGCAUUCAAUGGGCCCUCCUGGUCUGCCUGGACCUCCUGGGACUCCAGGCUUGAAGGGUGAUGUCGGACUUCCAGGUCCCCCUGGUGUUGAUGGGGAAAAGGGUCCAAGAGGAAAGCCUGGGGAGCAAGGGCUCAUUGGCCCUUCCGGACCAGAGGGACCACGAGGAGAGGGAGGAGUCAUGGGCUUUCCUGGGCCAAAAGGAGACAAGGGUGAUAUGGGCCCCUCUGGAUCACCUGGUUUAGAUGGCCCUACUGGAGAAAAGGGGAUUUCAGGGCCCACUGGCCCCAUUGGAUUGCCAGGCCCAAUGGGUCAGAAAGGUGACCCUGGCGAGAAGGGAGAUAAAGCAGAGCUGGUCUACGGGCCUGUUGGACCUCCAGGGCCUGCAGGGCCAGUUGGGCCAAUGGGACCUCCAGGUUUGUCAGGGCCAAAGGGUGAGACAGGACUAGGCCUGAGAGGAGAGAAUGGAUCACCUGGACAGAAAGGAGACAAAGGAGUCAGAGGUCAUCUUGGACUCCCUGGGGCUCAUGGUUUAGACGGCAGGCCUGGUCCAGUGGGUCUGAUUGGACCAGCUGGAGUUACUGGGCAUGCAGGACCAAAAGGAGAAAAUGGGGAAAAGGGAGAUAUGGGAGUAGCAGGACCAACUGGGCCUCAAGGCAUCCCUGGUUUAGUAGGACCAGCAGGAUUAAAAGGAAACCGGGGGGAGAGGGGCAAGAAAGGCAACAGGGGGGCCAAAGGGGAUAAGGGAGACCAAGGAGCCCCAGGAUUAGAUGCCCCGUGUCCGUUGGGUGAUGAUGGUCUACCAGUACCAGGGUGUUGGAAUAAAGGUCAGAAUCCGUUCCAGCUAGCCAAGAAGUAACACUGCCAUGAGAUCCACAUGGUUCUGGCGAUUUCCGACGCAAAAACUUGAAGAGAUUUUGGGAGAUCUUUAAGUUUGGUGUGCUCGAUGGUGACUGUUUCAAGGUUUUUCCUAUGCAACCAUCGUGUAGUUCUGGAACACUCCAUAGGAUGGCAGAUGUGAGCAGACUGACUGAAUGAUUAGACUGCACAAGGAAUGUUCUAUUUCCUUUUUUUUUCUGUCUUUACGGAAAAGGUGAUGACACAAAUGUAGCCUGUCGUUUCACCAAGUUUUACACUCUUUUCUUUUUCCUUUAUAUUGUUCACUAUGUGAAAGACAACAUUUUAGCACAUUUUGUUCCUUGAUAGUUACCAUGUCAUUACCCUAUUAUUACUAUUAUUCAUGUUUAACACCAGCAACUGUGAUCAGAGAAUUCAGCGCAGCUCACUAAACAUACAUAUGACGUCUGAGUAUCCGCUUGUUUCCCGAAGAAAAAAAAUCUUUGAGGAUUCCUGGUUGAAACUGUCACUGCCUUCUGUUGAGAGUUGCAAGUAGAAUGCAAUCUCACACUAAGAUUUCUACUUGCGUUUAAUACUAAUAUUUAAAUAUUUAAUAUGUAUGUAUAUAAUGGUCAUACUUUGACAGUAUAAACUGAGUGCAGUAUUACAUUUAUACAAUAGAAUACUGUUUGUGCUUGAAAAAGUGGCAUAGUAAACAAAUAUGAAUUAACAUGUUUGCAUACAGGUAUAUUUCUUUAAAUCAGGCAGCAACUAUUACUGUAACUAAUUUGAAACUUUCAAUGUAGCAACAUCUUUAGGCUAAUAAUGAUUCUCCUAAAAGUUACCUGGAAGAAAAUGAUUUUUUAAAUAGCCAUUUGGGAAAAGGGCAUUUUAAGGUGUUGCACCGUGAAUGCAACAUUUGACUGUUGUAAACAGCUUAGACAUGUUAAUACUGACACAAUGUAUAUUUUACAAUCCCUUUGAAAUGAAACAACUGAUCAGUUUGUUUGGGAAAACCUUCUUGGAAAGAAAAGCUGUACUCUUUGGAAUUUAUAGGGCAGCUAAAGCAUUGCAAAUGUAAACUGACAAUUACAUGUUGGGUUUUUAAUUUAUUGCUGGUUUGUGAAACUUUAGAUAAACUUUUUGUUAAUAGUUACUGUUUAUUCCUAUGAUUACUAAGAGUAAACCUUUUUUUUUUUGACUUCGCUACAGAGGGUGCAAGGGCUGAGCAGUCUCACUCUUGCCAAGCUCUUUUUAGAAGCUUUGAACAGUUGAACAUGACUGUUAUGACAGCUAAUAUCAAAUGAUCAAGAUUCAUACCACUCACUGAAACAGAACUGCUAUUGGGUGACAUUACCACAUCAAUCAUACCAGGGUUUUUAUGGAAAAAUUAUGUUUCAUUUCUUUUCGCUAUUGUGACCUGGUUCAGUGUGUGUGACAUGGUGUCACAUGUACCAGCAGAUAUAUUCUAUUGUUUUCCUUUAUUUUUAAUCUUUUUGUGUUUGUUUGUUUGUUUGUUUGUUACCUAAAGCAAGCAUUCCUUAUUUUCUCACUAUAUUUCCUACAAAAGAAAAAAAGAUUUAAACAAAUGUUUUAAAUUAGAUUUAUGAAAUAUGCUUAACUUUGUGAAGUAUAAGUGAGUUUAAUAAAUGACAAAGCAGAUGUAGUUGCUUUGUAAUUUACCAAACUGUAUUGUUGAAAACGAAUGAAUAUUGUUUACUAAAUUGAUAUUCCUCGUAAGUUUAAUUGAAUACUUCUCAUUAAUUCUGAAUUCAUAACGUGUUCACAAUUUAAAGAUUAUUCAAUUCAAUAUGAUGUAAAAUUGUUACACAAUUUAAA